GUGUUGAUAAGAAUCGUUCUCGCAUCCCAGUCGUCUCCUUGCCCCUCUCUUCUCCAGCGUCCGAUCCCUUCUCUUUCCUCCUUCCUUCCAUCUCCUUCUCUCGCGCCCUUUCCAUACAAACAGCCUCUCAACAACAAGCUAGGGUUUAGAUGUCGUCGGCCGACGGACUCCAGCCGGGGAGCCCCGGCGGCGGAGGCAGCCACGACAGCGGAGAUCAAAGCCCGCGCUCCUCCAACGUUCGCGAGCAGGACAGGUUUCUACCCAUCGCCAACAUCGGCCGGAUUAUGAAGAAGGCGCUCCCAGCUAACGGCAAGAUCGCAAAGGAUGCCAAGGAGACUGUUCAGGAAUGCGUCUCCGAGUUCAUCAGUUUCGUCACCAGUGAGGCCAGUGAUAAGUGCCAGAGAGAGAAGAGGAAGACCAUUAAUGGCGAUGAUUUGCUGUGGGCGAUGGCGACGUUAGGGUUUGAGGAUUAUAUCGAGCCGCUUAAGGUUUACUUGAGCAGAUACAGAGAGGUGAGAUUCCUGGCUUUUUCGUUUUUGCUCGGUGAUACCAAAGGCUCAGGCAAGGGUGGAGAUACAUCUGCUAGAAAAGAUGUCCAGCCCAGUCCAAAUGCCCAGAUUUCUCAUCAAGCCACUUUCUCACAAGGUGUUAGUUACUCAAACCCUCAGGAUUUCAGUAACUACGGGAUGGGUGAUAUUCAGCUUAAUCACCGAUAAACGAAAAGAUGAGUUGGCCAGCAUGUGAUGGUUAAAAUGCAAGGCAGCGAGUAGAUGAUCACUUAUCCUUAACCAAUGCCAUCAUCAGCUAGAGCACACCAUUCAUGACUUCCUUUAUCCACUGAAAACAUUCGGAUUUGAGUGGGGACACUGAUAUUUAUGUUGGUCCUUUUAGUUCUCCGUCCGUGUUAUUUCUGGGUUGGACAUGUUUCGUUA